UUGCUCGCUGAUGCUGCCCAGAAGCAAGGAACUGGUGGAUUUUGUAACAGGAGUGUGCUGAGGAGGAAGGAUGGGGUGUUUGAUCAGUGGGACAUUUAGGGAACCAAAGCAGAGGAAAAGCACCUCAUACAGCACGCAUCAGUAAAUAUGAAGGGCUAGUGCAAUGGACGCUGGAAACACUCGAUCAAUAGUCUAUUUAAGUGGGAAUAUAUGCAAGCAUGAAAAAGUGAUUGCUUUCCUGUCUGUGGGGUAUAUUCGCAGAGGACAGCAGCAGAACAUUUGCAGGUGAGCUGUCUGAAUUAGGCUGCUUCAUGCUGAGGUGGUGCAGUGUGUUCUUGAAGGGAUUGCUUAAAAACCCCUCUGUGGAGGUGACUGUAUCUGUGCAUUUUCAGUUCCUGCUCAUAGAGCUUUCAAUGUCGUUCAGGGAGAUUCAGAGUGGAUGAAGUCCAUCUGGGCUUGAGGGGACCGUAACCAAGAGCCUUUGGUCUGUUCGGACGUCUCAUGUCUGCUAUCUGUAAGGAAAGGAGCUGAUGUCGUCAUGAAAAUCAUGAUGUGAUUUUCCCUCAGGAGAAACUAUGACUUGGAACGACACCACUAUGGAUGGGGAAGGGUUGCUUGUGGAAAGGGACUCUUCCUUUCGGAUCCUCACGGGCUGCUUCCUCUCGCUGCUGAUCCUCUCCACACUGCUGGGAAACACGCUGGUCUGCGCAGCUGUCAUUAGGUUUCGCCACCUCAGGUCCAAAGUGACCAACUUCUUUGUCAUCUCCUUGGCCGUGUCAGACCUCUUGGUGGCGGUUUUGGUCAUGCCUUGGAAAGCCGUGUCUGAGAUCGCUGGUUUCUGGCCUUUUGGUUCAUUUUGCAACAUCUGGGUGGCCUUUGAUAUUAUGUGCUCAACAGCCUCCAUCUUAAAUCUCUGUGUCAUUAGUGUGGACAGAUACUGGGCCAUCUCCAGCCCAUUCAGGUAUGAGAGGAAAAUGACCCCCAAGGCAGCCUUCAUCAUGAUCAGUGUGGCGUGGACUUUGUCGGUGUUGAUUUCCUUCAUCCCCGUGCAGCUGAACUGGCACAAGGCUACAACCACGAGCUUUUUGGACCUGAAUGCCAGUUUACAAGGUAUAAGCAUGGACAACUGUGAUUCUAGCCUAAACAGGAUGUAUGCCAUCUCCUCUUCUCUAAUUAGCUUCUAUAUACCUGUGGCCAUCAUGAUAGUAACCUACACAAGGAUAUACCGGAUUGCUCAGAAGCAAAUACGACGAAUUUCAGCUUUGGAGAGAGCAGCAGUGCAUGCCAAGAACUGCCAGAACACAAGUGGCAACAGAAGCAGCAUGGACUGUCAGCAACCUGAGAGCAACUUCAAAAUGUCCUUCAAGAGGGAAACAAAGGUUCUAAAGACUUUGUCAGUGAUCAUGGGGGUGUUUGUGUGCUGCUGGUUGCCAUUUUUCGUGUUGAACUGCAUGAUUCCCUUCUGCGAGCCCACCCAACCAUCCAAGGGAGCAGAAGCUUUCUGCAUUAACUCCACCACCUUUAAUGUUUUUAUUUGGUUUGGAUGGGCUAAUUCUUCCCUAAACCCCAUCAUUUAUGCCUUCAAUGCUGAUUUCCGCAAGGCAUUUUCCACCCUGCUAGGAUGCUACAGGCUCUGCCCGAUGUCCGGCAAUGCUAUAGAGACUGUUAGCAUUAACAACAAUGGAGCAGUUGUUUUUUCAAGCCAACAUGAGCCCAAAGGGUCCAGCCCCAAAGAGUCGAAUCUAGUUUAUCUGAUCCCACAUGCAAUCAUCUGUCCGGAAGAAGAACCUCUAAAAAAGGAAGAGGAAGGUGAACUAUCUAAGACCUUGGACAAAAUGUCUCCAGCAUUGUCGGGUAUUUUGGAUUAUGAAGCUGACGUUUCUUUGGAAAAGAUCAACCCCAUUACACAAAAUGGGCAGCAUAAAACCUGAACAGUAAGGUGUACCCAGCAAAACAUAAUAGUGUACAAUGUGAUAAUCUUUAAAAAAAAAAAGAUAUAAUUUUUGUUAUGAAAUAAGCUCUAGGAAGAAGUACACAUUUACGUAAAGCCCUGAAUGAAUUUUCCUGGCAUUAAAUUUAAUAUUUAAAACACUAAACAGCAAAAAGGUACUGAAAAUUGGUUAAAAAGUGGAUAUUAAACUGUGCUGUUCAUACUGAGGAAUAUACACAAGUUUGGAUACAGUGCAGUGAUAAAAUACUGCUUCUCCUCUGCACCCAGAGAGGCCAAUUUCUUGCUUGAAGUGAGGCAAAAGAUAAAUGUUAAGUAUUUAAAGAUUCAUGUUUACUAGAAUAUAAAGGAUUGCUGUGUCUUGUGAUAGUGGGUGUUAACAGGUCCUAAUUAAAGGCUGAGGGAUUGUAAAGGGAGGUAGAGGCCUUCUUAAAAUUAUUUCUGAAAAAAAUAAUUGAGCCUUAUAACAAGAAUGGUUAU